CAGCCAAGAAUCCAAUUUUUUCCCAUUACGUCUUCCCUUUCUGCCUGCCCUGCUCAGGUAUUCCUUUCUGAAGGAAGGCUUGUUUAGGGAAGAUGCACUUUCUUUCUUCUUGAAUGGAUCUGUGAGGGGGGCAAAAAAAACAAAACAUUUUUUACAGAUUUAAUUCCGUUAUCGGCGCUUAUUUUAUUUAUUUUUUUCUUGGCGGUCAACCAUUUAAAUUUUUGUUUUGCAAUUGAUUGGGGUGCUGAAAAAAUGUUUGGGAGCAAAUCAGAAAUGACGGGGAUCGACGUGUGUGAAUUUGGGGGGCAGCUGUUGGAACUUAUGUGGUUGUCUGUGUGCUAUAGAGACAAAAUGGCGGACAAAAGUGAAAUCAAGAGUGUUGAUGAUUCUGAGGAUGAGGUUGACCUGAAUUAUAAGGCGCCUGAGAAGAAAUCCGUACAAGAGCUCCAGGAAUUGGACAAAGAUGAUGAAAGCUUGAUGAAAUACAAACAGGCUUUGCUUGGAAAAUUGCCAACUGCAGUGGAUCCAAACGCCCCCAACGUGCAAGUACUUUCCAUGGAGUUGAUAUGUAAUGAGGCUCCGGGACCCAUCAAAAUGGAAUUAGCAGGCAAUGUAGGAACGUUGAAAGAUCACACCUAUGUCCUGAAGGAGGCUUCCUGUUACAGGGUUAAAAUUACAUUUAAGGUGAACAAGGAAAUUGUAUCUGGGCUGAAAUAUGUACAGCAUACCUUCAAGACAGGAAUAAAAGUUGACAAAGAGACGCACAUGGUUGGCAGUUAUGGCCCUCGGGUGGAAGCGUACGAAUUCCUAACGCCACCAGAGGAUGCUCCGAAAGGAAUGAUUGCCCGCGGGACGUAUUCCAUCAAGUCCUUCUUCACAGAUGACGACAAAACCAACCACUUGUCCUGGGAGUGGAAAUUGAGUAUAAAAAAGGAGUGGAAGGACUAGAUCAGGGGGGAGGGGGGGAAAAAAAGCCCGCCAUGACUUUGUUUGUCAUCUUAAUUAGGGGAAAAUAAUGAUUCUGCAUAUUAAAAAUUGUACAAGAUUUAUUAUGGUUUCUACAUCUGUUUUCUAAUUGUUUUCUUGUAGUUUCUAAGAAAAAAAAACAAUAUACAAACAUGUAAAGACAUUAUUUAAUAAAGAGAAAACUUUAACAAA